AUGUCCACCAGCAACACCGCUGCCUGCACCAAUGACACCACAGGCCACUUUGACAUCAUCCAUGUGUGCAUGUACUCGUUCAUCUUCCUUGUGGGUCUUGUUUUUAAUCUUGCAGCGCUGGUCUUUUUCUUUCAUCACAUCAAAUCUAGAUCACAAACAGUUGUCUACAUGACCAACCUGGCCAUAGCAGAUGUUUUACUCAUCCUUACGUUGCCAGUGAGGAUCUACUACCAUCUUGGAUUCAAAGGCGUUCCAGAGGUGCUCUGCGAUUGCCUUGGAUUGAUCCUAAAGGCCAACAUGUAUGGGAGCAUCUUAUUCCUCACUUGCAUUUGCGUUGACCGUUGCAUGGCAGUAAGCUUUCCUAUGUCUAUAAGAGUUCAGGGAGCAAGAAAGAAGUCACGCCUAGUUUGUCUUGGAAUAUGGAUGCUGACCUUUGGUGCCAGUGUACCCAUCUACAUCUCCAAGCGUAAAAAUGUUUUUUCAAAUGUUACAAAAAAUUGUUUUGAUAACCCACCAGUUUAUGCCAUACAGCCAGCAGUUGCUUUUUCCACUUUGUUUGUGGGCUUUGGAAUCCCUUUGGUAAUCAUGGUAAUAUGCUCCUGGGGUUUGAUUCAUACUGUUCAAAAAAGCACUGUGGCUCAGACGAACCUGGUGGACACCAGAAAGAUCCAGAGGAUGAUCGCUACAGGCCUCCUUAUUUUCCUGAUCAGCUUCUCCCCUUACCAUGGUGUCCUAGUUGUCCUCUCUCUGCACAAAGACUCUUUAACGUCUAGAGCCUGCGGUGAUACACAGCCCACACAACCCAUCCUGACUGCAUAUCGCUACAGCCUGGUGGUGGCAUGUUUAAAUUCAGUGCUCAACCCUAUUGCAUAUUAUUUCACCACAGACACUUUCAGGAAGAACAUGGCCAUAGGAACUGUUAAGAAGAUGUUCCCUCUGUACAAUCUGAGCUCCGGACAGAAAUAA